UCAGAACCUCUGUACACACUAUCAAGUGAGGACCAUUCAAAGUCAAAUGUCCAUGUUCAGCUUGUUGGUGAUAAAGUGGUAAAAGCACCGAUGUUCAGAAGUAUGUUUAGUAGCUUGAUCCAUUUCCCAGGCUACAUCUUGGAGGGCAAAGAUCCAAUGCAUCCAUUUAUUGACCAAAGAUGGAGAGGGAGGGCUCAGCAGCGCCUGGAGGCUCUUCAGCAGCUUGCUGCACCUCAACCUUCACUUCAGAUAUCUCAAAUUGUGUAUGAAGAUCCUGAAGUUAGCGGAAGGAAUCGCUACAAAUAUUUUGCACGACCUCUCAUCCCUUCUAAUAAGCUGCUUCCACUAUAUGUCCCUUAUGCAAUGGCAAAGACAGAGCCCUACGUCCAUUCAGCUACAGGAGACAGCAAGGUCUUUGGUCCCAAGUUACGAACUUUGGGCACACAAACAGAUUACAGGGAUGGUGAAGCCCAGACGGAUCCCUUUUCCUCUGAAUAUGUAGUUCCCAGUGGCUCAGUCCCUGAGCUUCUGACACUUGCUACACUCACUUGGGGUCGGGGGCUACCAGCAGGAUUAGCCGAGGUGGAGAUGAUUGAACGUGCCCGGGAAAAACGUGCAUGGGAAGCAACUCUUCCAGCAAUGGACAGUGCCUCACAAAUCGCAAAGAGGAGGAAAAUGAUGGAUGAUAUGGAGAGGAAGGAGUGGGCCUUUAGAGAACAGGAAAUAGAAAAGUUGCAGGAAGUUCGACUGGAAGUCUUAAAGAAACUGCUGCAGAGACGACAGGAGAAUCAGAAUAAGCUGGAUGCCAAGCGCUUGGAUGACCACUGGCAAAAUCAUCAGAAGGCUAAAGAGGAGAAAAUAAAAAAGAUUCAGCAUGACUGUGCACUCAUGCUCAGGAAACUGAUAGCUAAGAGGAAGAAUGUGAUGGGGAAGCUGGAGAGACGAGAUAUCAUCAAAGAGUAUACUGACUUUUCAUCACAAACAUACGCUCCUUUGUCUAGAAUUGGUUAUUUCCCAGACAACCAAGCCGAACGCUAUGUGGUAAAAAACUUCUACCUUAACACCUUUGCAGGACUGUGUGAACUGGAAGCAUCUCUCCCAGAUUCUGUCACCCAGGUCAAGAUUAAAGCUCCAAAACCUAAGUACACUACCACUAAGACUGGAUUUAUUAAAAGAUCAGCAAGGCUAGAGGUGCAGCUGGCACAGGUUCACCAGGCACUACUGGAGAAGAAGAAUAAAGUCAAGGAGCCAAAGAAGCCCCUUCGUUUCCUUGAAAAAGUAGAAAAACCUGUUCCUCGGCCACCCACUCCAAUCCUGGAAAAACCAGCAAUUGGCAUGAUAGGCUUUCCAUCUGCCCUUUCUUUCCUGCUGGUCUGUAGCAGGCAGAUGGAGAAGCUGAUGAUUACCCUUGCUAAGGCAUCAUUUGCAGCACCGAAUGAUACAA